ACACACACACACACACACACAGAGAGAUUACAGCACGCACCAUCGACUUUCAUUCAUUUUCCACGCUGUACAACAUACAAGUAUAUACUCAGGACUGCAUCAUGGAGCCCCAUCACAAACCAGAUAAUCAAACACUGCAGGAGCUGAGGAACAUCGCGAACCGACUCCGAAUCAGUUCCAUAAAGGCGACCACUGCAGCUGGCAGUGGGCACCCAACAUCAUGUUGCAGUGCAGCAGAGAUCAUGUCUGUGCUCUUCUUCCACGUCAUGAAAUACAAACCUGCUGACCCACGCAAUCCCAACUAUGACCGCUUUGUUCUUUCCAAGGGCCAUGCUGCUCCUGUGCUGUAUGCCGCCUGGGCAGAAGCAGGUCACCUCCAGGAGAGCGAGCUGCUUAACCUCCGAAAGAUUGACUCCAUCCUGGAAGGCCAUCCAGUUCCAAAACAGCAGUUUGUGGAUGUGGCCACAGGUUCUCUCGGGCAAGGACUUGGUGCUGCAUGUGGAAUGGCCUAUACUGGAAAAUAUUUUGACAAAGCGAGUUACCGGGUGUACUGCUUGCUGGGUGAUGGUGAGCUGUCUGAGGGCUCCGUGUGGGAGGCCAUGGCCUUUGCUUCCUUCUAUCAGUUGAACAACUUGGUGGCCAUUCUGGACAUCAACCGCCUGGGCCAGAGCGACCCUGCACCCCUACAGCACCAGGUGGAGAAGUACAAGAAACGCUGCGAAGCCUUCGGAUGGCAUGCUGUCAUUGUGGAUGGUCACAAUGUGGAGGAGCUGUGUAAGGCUCUGUGUCAACCUCAUGACCAAGCCAUUGCUAUCGUUGCCUUAACCUUUAAGGGCAAAGGCAUUCCAGCAUCAGAGGAUAAGAUGGGUUGGCACGGUAAACCCCUGCCUGUGGAUAUGGCUGACAGUGUAAUAAAAAACCUACAAAGUCAGAUAACAAGCAGCAUAAAGCUGUCUCCUCUGAUACCAGUUGAAGACGCGCCUACUGUCAGCCUGAAAAACAUCCACAUGCUUAGCGAACCGAGCUACAAACUUGGAGAGAAGAUUGCUACGAGGAAGGCCUACGGACUGGCUCUCGCAAAACUCGGCCGUUCCCAUGAGCGCGUCGUUGUCAUGGAUGCAGACACGAAGAAUUCCACCUUUUCUGAGCUCUUCAAGAAUGAAUUCCCAAACCGCUAUGUGGAGUGCUACAUUGCAGAGCAGAAUAUGGUGAGUGUAGCUGUGGGAUGUGCAGCUCGUGAUCGCAACGUUGUUUUUGCAUCUACGUUUGCCACGUUCUUCACCCGAGCCUUUGACCAGUUGCGCAUGGCCGCCAUCUCCGAGAGCAACAUCAACCUCUGUGGCUCGCACUGUGGCGUUUCCAUCGGAGAGGAUGGUGCUUCUCAGAUGGCACUGGAAGACUUGGCAAUGUUCAGAGCCAUUCCCACUGCCACAGUGUUCUACCCGAGUGAUGCUGUGUCCACUGAGAAAGCAGUGGAGCUAGCUGCUAACACCAAGGGUAUUUGCUUCAUCCGAACCAGCCGCCCUGAAAACCCCGUAAUCUACAAGAGCAACGAAGAGUUCCGUGUCGGCCAGGCGAAGGUUGUAUACAAGUCGAGCAAGGACCAGGUGACUGUGAUAGGAGCUGCUGUAACUCUUCACGAGGCUCUCGAUGCAGCCGAACACCUGAAAAAAGAGGGCAUACACAUUCGAGUGAUUGACCUUUUUACUAUUAAACCCCUGGACUCAAAAACAAUUAUCGAAAAUGCCCGGGCCACAGGGGGUCACAUUAUCACUGUUGAGGACCACUACUAUGAAGGUGGUCUGGGAGAAGCUGUGUGCUCAGCGGUGGUGAACGAACAUGACUUCACCGUACGGCGUCUCGCGGUGUCCCACGUACCACGCAGCGGAAAACCCCGAGAGCUCCUCAAACUCUUCAACAUCGACUGUGAUGCCAUUGUUCAGGCAGUAAAGAAGAUACUCAAUGACACUGGCAACAAAAAGUAACACAGUGAUUAACAGGGUCAUUAUAAUAAAAUAGAAAAAGAAGAGAAAAAUAGAACCAGAUGAUUAGUAGCUGUAAGUCAUGAAAACUAGGUUUGUGUCCUUUUUUUUUCCUGCUGAAUCGUGAAACAUUGUGAAAGAAUAAACUAUAAUACAGUUUACAUUACAUUAUUUUUAUUAGCCAACAUCUAGACAAGCUGGAGCAAGUUUACACUCCAUAUUACAAACUACAUUUUAUAAAUACGUUGAAAAACGGUCCUGAACGCUCCAUCAUGCUCUAAAAUGCUCGAGACAAUGUUAUGUAGAGAUGUUGGAAACUUUAAUGUGCACAUGCAUGAAAGUACAGGUAGCCAAUCAGACUGCGUAUGUAAAGAUUCUAAAGCCUGUGGCCAGAAAAAGUGUACAAAUGUUUUAAGCCACAAGCAGAACAAAUUAGUAUGAGAAACUUUACCCUGAAGAAAAUGUUUGGUUUGCCGCUAGCCUAUUUUCAUCCCUUAAAACUGGGAACUCAAUGACAAUCUAUUAGAAAUCAGCGUGGAGGCAAUAAACAUGUUUGGGAAACGUUCAAUAUGGAAUAUAUGCAAUACUGUUUUGCACGCUAUUGAAAGAAAACAUUUUCACCACAUUACUAAAAAUGAUUUAUUGACAGUUGAAUAAAAAGUAUACUGCAAAAUUUGAUUUGUGAAUUACAAGUUUGCUAUAAAAAAAAAAAAUUAUUCUCUAAAUGAAAAUUGGAGACUAUAUUUGCAUACCCUAAAGUUCUUUUGCAUUCCCCGAGGCUGCACAAGCUUCCAGGAUGAAUAAACACCUCUGGUUUGA